GAAUUAGGCAACUUCACAAAAGCCGUCGAUUGCGCGGGUCUGCUUUAUUACCACGCGCCGUCUGAACGCACCCCCGUCCAAACACGAACUUCGCGACCCCACCGUUCCUCCACACACCCAUCUCAACCACCAUUAUGAUCUCGUGCAAAAGUAGUGCCUCGCAAGCUUGCGCAUAAUAUGGAAGAUCGUAAAUACACAUGGAUCAAAGACUAACGUCGUCGCUGAGUCCUGCGGCAACAUUCCCGUCGACUUCCGCCCUUCUGCACAGCCAUACGCCCUCAUCUACCGCGCAAGGGCGGAGCCACGAAGACCGUAGAACGCCUUAAGAUGACAUAUCCAGGCUUUUUCAAGGUCAAUGGAGACCGCUAUAAUGACGGCUAACCUCUGAAUAACUUACACGGCUAGGCCUUCCAUCUGCAAGUCGCCCUAGGAGCCCUUCGCCUCGAACCUGUCACGAUGAAGCAGAAGACGCUCGAAUGGGCUGGCUAUCCCGCCAACUGGUGUACAGCCUGCAUGGGCGGGUGGCCAGAAACACAUGAGGACCUGCCUUUCGGCUUCCUCACCCUCCCUUCCGAACCUGCGAUGAACGCCGCUGGUCGGACUUCAGACCACCCGUUCAAAGACCUCCGCUCAGCCCGUCGCGUGCGCCAACGAUCGAAGAGAUACCCUGAGCGUAUCUACAGCGGCAACAAGCGCCGUCGCAAUGACAGAUAUCGCCUCGCACGAGAGAAUCAGCUUCGGCACGAGUCCAAACGGGUAGACAUUCAAGAAUGGGAAGACGACUGCUACGACAAACGGGCACACAAAGUAAACAUGGAGCACAUGGACGACAUAGAAGCCUACGAACUCUUCGGCAAAAACGCCCACAUCUUCGAAGGCACAGCCGAGGGCGAAAUCAUAACAGGCGAAGACUUUGGCACCUGGGCACGACGCCGCAUCGCGGAGAUGCAGCGCGUCAAAGAGCGCCGUAUACAUACCUACGGCAAACCCGCAAGCCCCACGCCGCUAUCCAUCCUCCCGCACACCAUGCGCGACGACAGGCGAUCCGGUCGCGUCAGCGCUACCAUACCUACCGCGCCCUUUGCCAAACCCCACGAAACAACCCUCCCCACCACCCUCUCUGAAAUCCGCGCACACGCCACACUAACUUGCCUUCUCACACUUCCUAAAAUACUCAAACAACGCUGUCGUAGCCGUAACGAACCUGCUCUACCUUCCAUUCGAGGCUUCUGGUGGUGGGGCGAGUAUACAUGGCAGUGGCAUAGAAACAUGUCUGGGUGCUGGUUUCUUGGCUGCGGAUAUGAAUGCUCAGAGUCGUGUGAGGGGUCUUGUGCGUGUUCAUGCUGGUGCACUUUGGAUGGGGAGUGUGCUUGUGCGGAGUUUGGGGUGGGGACGGAGUGGGAGGUGCCGGCGCCGGAGGAGGUGCAGAGAUGUAGUCUUGUUGAGUGGGUUAGGGGGGAGUCGAGGGGGAGGAUGGAGGAGGAUGAGAAUGCCAUGAGAAGGCAACGAGAUAGGGUGGAGGAAAAGAAGCUGGAUGUGGAUGACCGGGAUUCGGACGACAAUCUCAGUGACUGUGAAGAUGACUGGCAAGAUGAAUAUGUGAUAUUGAAGGAAGAGCAGGAUGGAAGUGAGACGUGGAGUAUUGUCAGUGGGGUAGAUGAGAAUUACUUUGAUCACGACAUUGAACGGGGUGGUCAAACAGCGUAGGGAACGAUACCCAGCUAUGUAAAUGCAACUUGACAAACA